CACUCACGGAUUUAUACAUUUGUUUUGUCAACCAUUCUGGUUGAACUGCUGCACUGGCUGCAAAACAGAUGGCAAGACAGCUUCUUCCCAUGUCAGGUGUGUGUGAAAGGUGUUUGUGUGAACAUGCACUGAAAGCAUUGGGUGUUUAUGAGUCCUUAUAACUGAACAGCAAUUGUGUGUUGCUGUGUCUUCAAGUCAGAAGUGCUUAAAGAGUGUGUGUGUGAGUGUUUGUGAGGUGGUGGGGCCCUGUGGAGGUCGUAGCCCUGGAUUUCUUAGAGAUGGAGGGUCAUGCUUAUGACCGGUUUGGAGAUGGAGAGAGAGACACUUACCAAAUCGACUACCGGAGGAUUGUGGGGGACAUGGAACCAGCACGGCCGCGCAUCGCAAACAGAGAUGUGGAACAACCUCUCCCCUACGGGACCUAUACCCCCCCAACACCACAUGGACAUGGGCAUGAGACUGCAGCGCAGCGAUACAGUGCUACACGUAUCCAGGCUGGAUAUGAACCAGAGAGCAUGGCAGACUACUUGAUCAGCGGAGGCACAGGUUAUGUUCCUGAAGAUGGAUUAACGGCACAACAACUCUUUGCUAUCGGUGAUGGACUAACAUACAAUGACUUCUUGAUCCUCCCUGGAUUCAUAGAUUUUACUUCUGAUGAGGUGGAUCUAACCUCUGCAUUGACAAGGAAGAUAACCCUAAAGACACCUCUUAUUUCAUCUCCCAUGGAUACAGUCACAGAGUCAUCCAUGGCCAUCGCUAUGGCAUUGAUGGGUGGGAUUGGAAUAAUUCAUCAUAACUGUACUGCUGAGUUCCAGGCCAACGAGGUGCGCAGAGUCAAGAAAUUUGAGCAGGGCUUUAUUACGGACCCAGUGGUGAUGAGUCCCCGACACACAGUGGGGGAUGUGUUUGAGGCAAAGACUCGCCAUGGUUUCUCUGGGAUCCCUGUUACAGAGACCGGCAAGAUGGGCAGCAAGCUGGUCGGCAUCGUCACCUCCAGAGACAUAGACUUUCUGUCCGAGAAGGACCAUGACAAACCCCUGGAGGAGGCAAUGACAAAAAGGGAAGAUUUAGUUGUGGCGCCUGCUGGAGUCACACUAAAAGAGGCUAAUGAUAUACUGCAACGUAGCAAGAAAGGUAAGCUCCCCAUUGUGAAUGACAGUGAUGAGCUGGUUGCCAUCAUUGCUAGGACUGACUUGAAGAAGAACAGAGAUUAUCCUCUGGCUUCCAAGGACUCCCGCAAACAGCUACUGUGUGGAGCUGCUAUUGGUACGAGGGAGGAUGACAACUACAGACUGGACCUCCUCAUGCAGGCUGGGGUGGAUGUGAUCGUCCUGGAUUCCUCCCAAGGAAACUCAGUGUAUCAGAUCAAUAUGAUAAACUACAUCAAACAGAAACAUCCUGAACUCCAGGUAGUUGGAGGAAAUGUGGUGACAGCUGCUCAAGCCAAAAACCUCAUAGACGCUGGUGUGGAUGCCCUGAGGGUGGGCAUGGGGUGUGGCUCUAUCUGUAUCACCCAGGAAGUGAUGGCAUGUGGGCGGCCCCAAGGUACAUCGGUGUACAAGGUUGCAGAGUAUGCUCGACGUUUUGGAGUGCCAGUAAUUGCUGAUGGAGGCAUUCAAACUGUUGGACAUGUGGUGAAGGCUCUGGCCCUAGGAGCAUCUACAGUGAUGAUGGGGUCGUUGCUCGCAGCAACCACUGAAGCUCCAGGAGAAUAUUUCUUUUCAGACGGUGUGCGUCUGAAAAAGUACAGAGGAAUGGGCUCCUUGGAUGCCAUGGAGAAAAGUAACAGUCAGAAACGCUACUUCAGCGAGGGAGAUAAGGUGAAAGUGGCUCAAGGUGUCUCAGGAUCAGUACAAGAUAAAGGAUCCAUCCAUAAGUUUGUUCCUUACCUCAUUGCUGGAAUCCAACACGGCUGUCAGGACAUAGGAGCCAAGAGUUUGUCCAUUUUGCGGUCGAUGAUGUACUCUGGAGAGCUGAAGUUUGAGAAAAGAACCAUGUCUGCUCAGAUGGAGGGAGGAGUCCACGGCCUUCACUCUUACGAGAAACGACUUUACUGAGGCGGGAGGAAGAGGACGAACUCGAACAGGACCAAAUGUCCCGACCCCAGCAGCUAUGAGCAGAUGCACCGGGCACAUGUGAUCUAACCACAAACACAAAGCUGUCGUUGUACAACAUACAGUCCCAUCUCGGAGCCCUUCUGAAUUUAAAGUUCAAACUUUGAAUGCUCUCACUCUAUCUGUCUUUCUCCCAAGGUGGAAAUUGAUUUUUUUUUAAGGAUCACAGUGAAAUUUCAACUGCAUUAAACCCAUCCUGGUACUAGGAGCAGUGGGCAACUAUUAUGUCAGUGCUAAUCUCUGCAAGGUAUUAGUCCUUUAGGGUGAACUAGAGAUCCUCUGGUUCCCAAGCCAAGUCCGUACUGACUGAGCUACUGCCACCCAGUACAUGUAAUGCCAUUAACUAUUUUACUGAUCUCUUUUAACAAGCAAAUUACUUUAGGACAGGCUUAUCAUUGCUGACGUAAUGAGAGGCCAAUCUCUAAAUCUCUCUAAAUUGCAGCCAUGUAUUUCAAUGCUUAUUUUAUACAUCAUAGUACUUUUGCAGGGAAGCAGGCAGUCAGAUAUUAUAUUUACAGAACCUACACAUAAGAAAAAAAGCAGCAAGUCUUUGGCAUAAUGUUUUAAUCGUUUUAUUUUAAUAAAAGAGGAAAGUAACACAAAGAUAAAUGUGUUCAUUAUCAGUAUAACACUUAUUGAGCCCGGAGGAAACAUAUAGUACAAUUGUGUUCCCAUUAUCUUCUUACUACACCAGUUUGUUUUUGUGCAAAUUCUCUCAUCAGUCAUUUCUCUGACACGGGAACAUUGGGUUGUUACAUAAUGGACGCUCUGUUCUGAUGACCUUGUAUGUAUUCUCACCUACUGAGCUACUUGAAUGUGCUACUGCUGUUGUAGAAGUGACCAAAGCUUAGUAUCAGCCUUAAUUCACAUGUAUAUUUUUGUAACAAGGAGCGCUUUAAAGGCAAGAUCAUGUGUAAUCUCACCCUAGAUUUUCCUCUGUUCAUUUUAUUUGGCGCAGAAAAUACCAGAUGUCAAAAUGUUUGAGUGACAAGACAAGACUAUCCAGGCUUUACAUUUUAGUUAUCUGAUUAUAAUUCCAUACAUCAUCCUCAUUUUUAAAUUCAUAAUACCAAUGAGUCUGAGUCACGUUGGCUUGACAUGUUGUGAUCUUCCAUAGU